ACACUUUGCUAUUAACAAUAAAAUAAUAUAAUAACUUGUUAUAAAUGAUUGUUAAAUUAUUUAGCUUUUUUUGGAUAUUGAUGAAUGUUGUAGAUACUUUUCCAAGAAAAAAAUACAAUUUUAAUGUACCAUGUGAAGUGAAAAGAACAGUUCUAAAUCCUAAUAGGCUGAUGAAAAGUAGGCAAGAUCCAGAAGUUAGACCCGGGCUUUAUCAAGGUGACAUUGCUAUGACUAAGAAGCAAUAUAAUUAUUUGCGUGUUGGUCUUCGUUGGGAUGUAUUUCCUAGUGAUAUGUGGAAGAAUAGAACUGUACCUUAUGUUAUUAGUCGACUUUACGGUGCUCCAGAGUAUAAAACAAUACACAAAGCAAUAGCACUGUUAAACUACUUGACUUGUAUUAAUUUUGUACCAUGGGAUAAACGAGCCAAGGACUAUAUUAUCAUUAGGCCUACGCGCGAUGGAUGCUGGUCAUAUGUUGGAAAAAUUGGAGGACCACAAUCAGUAAACCUCCAGCCUCCAGAUGAAAGAUCUGUAAAUUGUCUUGGUAAUGAGUAUAAUACUGUUCAUGAAUUGAUGCAUACACUUGGUAUUUUCCAUGAACAAGCUAGAGCUGAUCGUGAUAACUUUGUUGAUAUUCAUUAUGAAAACAUUAUGCCAGGGCAUUUGUUCGAUUUUAAUAAACAAAGUCUUGAAAAUACAACAUACAGUUAUGAGUAUGAUUAUCAAAGUAUCAUGCAUUAUGGGAGUUAUUCUUUUAGUAUAGAUCCAAAAAGAAAACCAACAAUAACAUCAAAAAUACCAGGUAUUAUUGUUGGACAAAGAGAAAAUAUGACAAUAACUGAUUGUCUUAAGGUUAAUAAACUUUAUGGAUGUUUAGAUAAUCUAUCUGAAGCCAAAAAAUGGAACGACAUUUGCAGUACACUUGAAAUUUAAAUUUAAAAAUUAAUUUUACUUUCAU